UCCCAGCCAAGAAUCAGGCACAGCCCGACAACACUCUGAAGAAAAGGACAAGGAUAAAUCUAAGAAACAAAAGAAAAUUACCAAGCUGACCAUCGUACCCCCUCCUCCACCCCUGCUGCCUGUGGAGGAUACAGAGAGGAGCGUGCAAUAUCUUCAGCCCAAGCACUCCUUGAUGUACUCGGUAUGUCUCCAAGCUCAGGCUGAUCUGAGGCUGAUGUACCUUUCAGCCUGGCCAUGUCCCAUCUUAGCCCUCGAUCCUCAGGGCGGGCAGACAUUGACAUUGAGUCUGAUCAGGAGUCCACACAAUGUGCUCCAGGAAGAAGAACGGAGUAGUGUAGACAUACCUCUCCAUACCAACCUCUCAGGCAUCCCGAAGGGCCAUCGCAUAAUGGCUAUCACUACUUCGACUGAUAUCAUCCAUGCCCAUACUGUGGCUAUGGUUACCCAUAUGAAUACAGGGGACCCAGCUAUCCCCCACCAGUUUGGUACUCUCUCAUGGCUCCCCAGCCUGGAACUCCUCGACACCAAGUGGAUACCCCUACAUAUCCAGUCUGAUGUCCUCGAAAACAGACAGUGUCAACAGAUACCACCAUACCAGCAAAACAUGCUAAAUACUACAACAGGACAAAUCACCACUGCCCAGCUUAAGCCUUAUCCUGGCGCUACUCCAACUUGUAAAGGAGUCAUGGGACAAGCCUCCCUCUGUGCUGCAGAUUCCACGCAGAGUGGAACAUCAUUACAAAACUCAUGGUACAGAAGUGGACUUUCUAGCCAAUUUGAUAGUAGUCGAAUCCACACAUCUCCCAAUAAGAAGCCUUUUAUCAACAACAUCAUCAAUACCAGCCGUUUCGUUCCAGUAAGCAGCAGUCACAAGAAAGACCAUACCAACCGACACAAUCCAACACUCUACAAUUCAGGCAACAACAAUACCAGAGCAGCAGACAGCCCUUUCGUAAACAGCAGCGAUAGGGUGACCACAGACACGAACCUCUCCGGAUGGGGAGCUCACUGUCAAGAACCCCAGAUACACGGCCUGUGGACAAAAAUAGAAAGAGCGCUCCAUAUAAAUCAGCUAGAGAUGCUGGCCAUUAUAAAGGUGUUUCGUGCCUUUCUACCGCGCAUCGAAGGGAAAGCGGUCCUACUUGUGACGGACAACACUACAGCCAUGCAUUACAUCAACAGACAAGGAGGGACACGCUCCUUACCCCUUCUUCACUUGACUAUGGAACUUUGGGAAUGGUGCCGUCUUUACUACAUUUUCCCACAAGCUAUCCACAUAUCGACAGAUGACAACAGUUUGGUGGACCGCCUGAGCAGACUGACCAUACGAGUGCACAAAUGGUCACUAUAUGAUCGGAUCUUCCAAGACAUCUGCUGCAGAGAUCUGAAAGGUGUGAUAGUCACAUUGAAUGAUAGUGGCCAUCUACAAUGCUCUUACCUUGGUACAGAUCCUUCUUUAUUUCAAGCUCCUAAAGUUGAAGCAAGGGAUAUAAAUUAUGAAGAAUAUGAUUCAGAAAUGAAUAAACUUCAGAAAAUCAUCAAAGAAGCCAAGAAAUUUAAAGACAUUGUGCCUAAAUCUGGAAAAAAUGAAGAUUUUGUACUUGUUGUGAAUGUCUUGCCUGAUCUGGACUCAGUAUCUCAAGCCAUUGACAGUGAAGUAAGAGGAGAUGUAGUUCCUUCAGUAACAAUUAAGGUUACAGUGAAGAGCAAACUGGUGACAUAUACAAAAUUAUCAAUACAUGUUGAACCUCCUUUAGCACUGACCCAAAACAAAUUUGUCUUGGAAUUAGAGUCGUCUGAAUCUAAAACAGUUACACUGUCAGCCUUUUUAAAAGGAAACAGUUCCCCAGCAGAUCUGGAAGGUAGUGCUGUAGCAUCAUAUAGUAUCUCAACAGGUGCACCAAGAAUUUCCCAAUGCAGAUUUCGACUACCCUUACAGUUAGUUUGCUUUCCAACUCAACCUUCAAAAACAGCAAGCCAGAAGCUAACUGUUGAUACCAACAAGCCUCCAGUCAGCCUUGUUGCUCUUUUUCCAGACUUUGCUGAUCAGACUGAUGAAGAUCAACUAAAUGCCUUAGGAUUUCAGUUAUUAGCUGGGUCUAAAGUCACUUUACUUGCUUCAAAAACAUCUCAGCGUUACAGAAUUCAGAGUGACAGAUUAGAAGACCUUUGGCUGGUUACAAAAGAACUCACUCUUCGUCUUGAAGAACAUUUUAGAAAACAAAAUUGCAAAGACUUUGCAUGUACAUUUUCUGGCCCAAUCCCAUUACAAGAAUAUUUUGAAAUAAUUGAUCAACAUUUUGAGUUGCGCUUGAAUGGUGUAAAAUAUGAACAACUGUUGUCUGAAAGGGCCAUACAAUUUAGAGCUAUUGAACGACGUCUCCUGGCUCGGUUUAAAGAUAGAACACCAGCUCCUCUUCAACAUCUGGACACCUUGUUAGAAGGAACUUACAGACAGGUAAUAGCUCUAGCAGAUGCAGCAGAAGAAAAUCAAGCCAGUAUGUUCCAGGCAUUCACAAAGUUAAAAAGUGCAACCCAGCUGGUAAUUCUGCUAAUCAGCUUGUGGCAGAAAUUGAGUGCUGACCAAGUUGCUAUUCUGGAAUCUGCAUUUUUACCAUUAACACAGGAUAAUCAAGAGCUGGGCUGGGAAGAAAGUGUGGAUGCUUCUGUCUCUCAUUUGUUGAAAACCUGUUUGUCCAAAAGUUCUAAGGAUCAUGCACUGACACUUUCCAACCAGUUGUAUAUUCCUAAAGAUACUAAUAGACUGAAGAAACACAUAACUCUGCUCUAUGACAGACUGGCCAAAGGUGGUCGUAUGUCUCUAAAUAUGGAUCUUGACUCUCAGCAGAGCAUGAUUCUGCCAGGCGGCUGCACUACCAUACCAGAAUCUGACCUUGAGGAAAGGCUACCCUCACAAGACUCUACAGCAAGGUUUACCAAUCACAAGCAUCUCACUAAACACACUGAAUCUGAUUUGCAACAGGAUGAAUUACAGGAAGCAGAAAAGCCAUGAAAAGCACAAGAGAACCCUCAAGAGGAUUUUAAAAAUCUGUGCAUUUACAAUUCAGCAGGAACAAUUUAUUUUCUGCAAUGAACACAGUCAACCUCAAGAAGGAAGCCCACUAAGAAUACAAAAUACUGCCAGUUUCAUCCAGGCACUUGGCUUUCAAGCUAUGAAUGCUUUACAUGCUUUUUGAUAGUCAAAUUGUGGACCACUUAGCAGAUGAAAGGAGUAAGCAGCCUCAUACAAAUGCCCAUUUAUAAUUUUUGUAUGUAAAUAAUAAUAAUUGAAAGACUUGGGAAACACACACUUAUUUUUGCAUAUAUCUAUCUAAUGAUAAAGCCUUUUUUGCCCACGUGUUACAUUUCUGAUAAAAGUAGCUAUUUCCUUUUCUCCCACAGCUUGCUGGGCUAUGUGACUUACCAUUAAAAAGUCAGUAAUUGUUUUACCACCCCACUUUCAAUGUAUGCAUUUGAUCUUGGGUUAUAUUAUACAAGUAAAAACUUGUCUCCUGAGAGUAAAAUGUGCAACAACUUUUGUGCAUUAAAAAUUAGUGCAGGGACAGUAAACCUGAACAUUGUUAUGUGUUGGUCUCUUCCAGGUUGCUUACAUUAUACUCCUUUUAGUUUGUCUAACUUAAUACCAAUUUUUUGGAACUUCUGAAGCUCUAUUGUUGAGGCCUUCAUUUAAAAUGAAAUUAUUUUAAUGAUAAUUUCUAUCUCACAUUGUUGAAGAAAAAUAGACAAUUUGAUGUAUAGCUGAAGCUUCAUAGAUUGCAAAGAAGGGUUUAUCUGUAUAAAUGUGUGGUGCAGGUUUACCAAAUAUGCUAUGACUCUGGGCAGUUUGUGGCCUUCUAAAUAAUGUUGGUGUGCAGCUAAUAGCAAUUGCCUGAAUAGACAAUAAUGAGGAAUGAUGGGAGUUGUAGUCCUAACACAUUUAGAAGACCACAGUUGUCCACAACAGUCUAAACUUCCAGCGGUCAAUCCUAAAAUAUUAAUAUUUGGGUCUGAAAUGGCAGGUUUUGUUGAAACUUGGUUUGUAGAAGUUGCAGAAUGAACAUACCAGCAUUUGGCUUUAAAGUUUAAGGCUUUCAUAUGAUAAUGCACACCAGAAUAAAGUAUGUGAAAGCACUAACAAAAUCAAGAUGAAAAUAAUUCAGAAAUGUGCACCACUGUCUGAAAAUAACUCAGGCCUGGUUCCAAUACUACAUGCUUCAAUUAAAGCAUAUUCUUUUCUUUUUAUUUUGGUCUCAUCACCGCACCAUAUCAAAUUACUAAAUUGCUGCUUAUUUGGCAAUACAUGCAAGAUGAUUUUCUAGCCGUCACCUCUGUUCUUUUGGUAGAGACAUAAUUUUAUCAAAUACCUGUAUCACUUAGUGCUUUGUAUUGGCUGUUCUAGCAAAUAGUCAAAAACCCAUGGAUUGACAAACCAGGGAAAUGCAAAGGAAAGUAAUUAUAGGUGGGCCACCACAGCUAGUACUGCAAUAGAAGGUAUUUUUGUAUUUUACCACACAGGUAAAAUAAACAUUUGUCUGAAUAUGUUUCAUAGUCUAAUUCCAUGCUGGUUUUGUACUGUUUUUUUAAAAGUUUACCAUCUCCUGUUUACUCCAUAACUAAUUUAUACUGAUUUAUUGAUUAAUUGGACAAAAAUAAAGGUCAUUCUUCUUCUGACCAAUAAUUUUAAAUUUUUCUGCAAAAUAAGUACAAUCUGAUUUCAUUUCUUCUAAUGAAAUUUUUGUUUCUUUGUAACUCACUUCAGUAUCAUAGAUUCAAACAUUUCCUAAAAUAAAUAUGCCAUUAAAAAUAUCUGAUCCAACUUUAAUUCAUAAAGAGAUGUCACUUGGCCCAUCCCACAGUGAACAGAUCUUGUUGACAGGUCCUGCAUGUUAUGGGCAGAAUU